GACGUGCGAGAAGCGACGGCGCAGCACGGCACGGCGCAGCCCCGGCUCCCCUUUCCCCCUUGCUGGGCGUGAGGUGUCUAUGGGGCACCCGCUGCUGCCGCCGCUACCGCCACCGCCACCGCCGCUGGUUGCUGUCUCUAUGGCGAGGAGGAGGAGGAGGAGCGCGAGCUCAGCGACACAAGUACAAAAAUAAAGGAUAAAGUAUUUUAUGAAACAAACAAAUCGUCAAUCAAGUAUAAUAUUUUGAUGCUUGGCAUCUAGACUUCUUGUGCCCUCACUAUGCCAGCAGCAACUGUAGAUCAUAGCCAAAGAAUUUGUGAAGUUUGGGCUUGCAACCUGGAUGAAGAGAUGAAGAAAAUUCGUCAAGUUAUCCGAAAAUACAAUUACGUUGCUAUGGACACCGAGUUUCCAGGUGUGGUUGCAAGACCUAUUGGAGAAUUCAGGAGCAAUGCUGACUAUCAGUACCAACUCUUGCGAUGUAAUGUAGACUUGUUAAAGAUAAUUCAGCUAGGACUGACAUUUAUGAAUGAGCAAGGAGAAUACCCUCCAGGAACUUCAACUUGGCAGUUUAAUUUUAAAUUUAAUUUGACGGAGGACAUGUAUGCACAGGACUCCAUAGAGCUACUGACAACAUCUGGCAUCCAGUUUAAAAAGCAUGAGGAGGAAGGAAUUGAGACCCAGUACUUUGCAGAACUUCUUAUGACAUCAGGAGUGGUGCUCUGCGAAGGGGUCAAAUGGUUAUCAUUUCAUAGUGGUUAUGACUUUGGCUAUUUAAUCAAAAUCUUGACCAACUCUAACUUGCCUGAGGAAGAACUUGACUUCUUUGAGAUCCUUCGAUUAUUCUUUCCUGUCAUAUAUGAUGUCAAGUACCUCAUGAAGAGCUGCAAAAACCUCAAAGGUGGUUUACAGGAAGUUGCUGAGCAGUUAGAGCUGGAGCGGAUAGGACCGCAGCAUCAAGCAGGUUCUGACUCACUGCUCACAGGAAUGGCCUUUUUCAAAAUGAGAGAAAUGUUCUUUGAAGAUCAUAUUGAUGAUGCCAAAUAUUGUGGUCAUUUGUAUGGCCUUGGUUCUGGUUCAUCCUAUGUACAGAAUGGCACAGGGAAUGCAUAUGAAGAGGAAGCCAACAAGCAGUCAUGACAUGAAAUAGUCCUUUUAUUUUUAUCUGAGCUACACACAAGCUUGUAUAUAGGUUUUAUCUCUGGUUGAAUCCCUUGAACAAUAGAUAAUACUAUUUUUUUUUCUUUCAUAGCCCAUUUUAUUUUCUGCCUUUCAGUACUAGUAUGACCAUUCCUAUCUCAGAUCUUAAUAAAUAGAAAAGCAUUCAGGUUAAAUUUGGCCUUAAUAUCCUUGUUAGCAGGCAUGUGUGACAGAGAGUGGGGAAGGCUGCAUCAUACUGCGUGUUUUGAUAAACUUUACCUGCUUGGGCUUGGUUUGUUUCUCCCCUUUCCUAAAUUAACUAGCACUGACUGUAAUUUAUUUCCCUGUUUCAUGUCUCCCUUCCAUUCUACAGGAGUUUUAGCUAUUUGAGAUUGUGGACCAUCAAUUUUGCACUUUAGAGAGUGAUUCUGACUCAAAUCCUCUGUUUUAUCAGCAAUUUUGGCUUUUCUUGGUCUUAGCUGGAAAAAUGACCAUCUGCCAAUCUUAUACAGUAUUUACUUGUUUUUGACCCAUGGAAGUAGCACAUGCAUUGUGCAAACGGUUGAUUCAGCAACACUUCAAAAAAAAAAGACAAAAGACUACUGAGGAGCUAGUGACUGCGGUUUCUGUACGUAGUGUUUAAUCUUCCAAGCACAUCUCGCGUCUGUCAGGUUCUCAUUGGCAUGUGUAGGCUGCUCGCACUGAAGUUCUCAAAACCAGCUUUACACCCUUCAGGAACAGUCCCUCGCGAUUGGAUAUUUAGUGGCUGCCAGGAAACUGGUACCAAGAUAUUGAAGCUGCAGUUUUUUUGUGAUAGCACACCUCCCUUUGGUCUGCUUUUUAUUCUGUCACUGUUUACCCUUAUUUCUAAUUUUAAAAAGUUUUAUAGCCAUACUUAACUCUUGCUUUGUUGAUUCCACAAACCAGUUUCUUUGAAGUCCAAAGAUAGCAAGUCUUUAGGUAUAUUUUGUACCAGAUUAAAUUAGAAGACAAAAAAUUGUGCUUUCAUAGUUGUUACAAAGAUAAAUAAUGGAGAGAUUUGGUGGAAAACAACAAAAUACAAAAAUAUAUUCUAUAUAUAGCCAUAUAUAUAUGUAAUAUACAUAUGGUUUUAUAUAUAGCUAAUAAAGUUACCUGAGGAGUGUAAUGCUUA